CCAACUCGCUCGUCUUCGCCAUCAUGGGGUUCAUGUGCUUGUUCGGCGCGCCCCUCGCCAACAGCAUUGGUCUACGAUGGACGCUUUUUCUGGGUGCUAUCGGGUACCCUGUUUACUCGGCUGGCUUGUAUGCGAACAAUCGUUUCGGCAAUACUUGGCUUGUGCUAGUCGGCGCCGUGGCGUGCGGGUUGAGCGCUGGUGCUUUUUGGUGCUCGGAAGCAGCUAUCGCGGUAGGCUAUCCCGAGCCUGGAAAAAGAGGCCGUUACCUGAACAUAUGGCUGUGGUUCCGCACGGGCGGACCCUUGGUCGGCGGCGCCAUCGUGCUCGCGCUGAACCACGACGAGGGCACCAAGGCUAAGGGCAAGGUAGGAUACCAAGUAUACCUGAUAUUCAUCGCGCUGCAAUGCGUUGCGGCUCCUCUCGCGCUGGCGCUGUCGCCACCGGAGAAAGUGCAGCGUUCGGAUGGAUCGAAAGUUAUCAUCAAGAGCGAAGGCUCUUUCGCAGGGGAGUUCCGUGCGCUAUGGACGGCCUGCAAGCGCAAGGACAUCCUCCUCCUGCUACCGGUUUUCUGGGCGGCCUACUUCAACCAGUACAGCAGCAACUUCCAGUCGUACUACUUCGGCGUGCGGGCGCGCGCCUUGAUCGGCUUCGUGAACAACUUCGGCACCCUGCUCUCGUCGCAAAUCAUGAGCACGCUGCUGGAUUAUAAGGGUCUUCCGGUCAAGAAGCGCAUAGCGGUCGGCUUUUUCUACGUCGUCGUGGUGCACAUAGUGGCCUGGGUAUACGGCUGGGUGAUUCAAAUUCGGUAUAACAGCAACCCGCCCGCCUACGACUGGGAGGACAAGGGUUUCGUCGAGGGCUUCUUCGUGCUGGUCCUGUGGGACUUUUCUCGACAGUCACUUCAGAAUUGGCUUUAUUACCUCGUCGCUAGCAUGACUGACAAUAUCUCGGAGUUGACGCGGUUCUCGGGCAUCUUAAGAGGACAGGAGAGCUUUGCUCAGGCCAUUAGUUUUGGAAUCAAUACGCAAAAAUUCAGGGUUGCCGGGCGUGUGCCUCUAGCCGUAAAUACCAUCCUGCUUGGUCUAUCGGUAUUCCCCACGUGGCUUGUUGUCCGUAACCACGUUCCGGUCGAGCAAGAUGCCGAGCACGCCUCCGACAACGAAAGUCACGCUGAAGAAGGCCUGGCGGGUCAAAUUCUGGAUUCUAGUGAAAAACAGAAGUUUGCUGUUGGGAAGACGAGCAUCGGGGGAGAUGCUGCAAUCUGAAGGGUAUGAUGUAGAUCAAUAGAAUUCACUUCCAGCCGAAUCUUGGUGAAUGAUAUAAUUGAAAAUAUAUUCCUUCUGUGGCGUUAAGAUAUUCUAAAGCGGACAUAUAGACGCAUGAUAGUCACCUAGGC